AUGACCAACCUACAUCUGGACUGCAAUAAACUCAUAGGGGGCACCGAUAAUGCAGAGACUCAAAUGACCUACAUGCAACAACGCUACUUUACCCUCUUACCGGCAUUGAGUCCCAAAGCAACAGUCUCUCCACCAAGCCCCAAAGCGGAACGGGCGGACAACAUCCACCAGACUACAAGCGAAUGGGCACAACAAUGCUCCACAACCCAACGGAUAAUCUGGCGCCCCCACUACUACUCCUACCGGAGCAACCGGCGGAACAUGAACAUGACUGCAACCUUGAAUACCAGCGGCAAGCAGAAAACACUGUCUAAAUAUAAGAGACUGCCAACAUAA